AUGUCCAGUGGGGGUAGGUUUAAUUUUGACGAUGGGGGGUCCUACUGCGGAGGCUGGGAGGACGGCAAGGCGCACGGCCAUGGCGUCUGCACCGGCCCCAAGGGCCAGGGCGAGUACACCGGCUCGUGGAGCCACGGCUUCGAGGUGCUGGGCGUCUACACCUGGCCCAGCGGCAACACGUACCAGGGCACCUGGGCGCAGGGCAAGCGCCACGGCAUCGGUGUGGAGAGCAAGGGGAAGUGGGUGUACAAGGGCGAGUGGACGCACGGAUUUAAGGGGCGCUACGGGGUGCGGGAGUGCACUGGCAACGGGGCCAAGUACGAAGGCACCUGGAGCAACGGGCUGCAGGACGGCUACGGCACCGAGACCUACUCGGAUGGAGGCACGUACCAGGGCCAGUGGGUCGGUGGCAUGCGCCAAGGCUAUGGCGUGCGGCAGAGCGUCCCCUACGGCAUGGCGGCCGUCAUCCGCUCGCCCCUGAGGACUUCCAUCAACUCCCUGCGCAGCGAGCACAGCAAUGGCGCGGCGCUGCACCCGGACGCCUCCCUGGCCGUGGCGGGCAGCCCGGCCGUGGCGCGGGGCGGCUUCGUGCUGGUGGCCCACAGCGACUCCGAGGCCCUCAAGAGCAAGAAGAAGGGGUUGUUCCGGCGCUCGUUGCUGAGCGGGCUGAAGCUGCGCAAGUCCGAGUCCAAGAGCAGCCUGGCCAGCCAGCGCAGCAAGCAGAGCUCCUUCCGCAGCGAGGCGGGCAUGAGCACGGUCAGCUCCACGGCCAGCGACAUCCACUCCACCAUCAGCCUGGGCGAGGCCGAGGCCGAGCUGGCCGUGCUGGAGGACGACAUCGACGCCACCACCACCGAGACUUAUGCCGGCGAGUGGAAGAGCGACCGGCGCUCGGGAUUCGGCAUCAGCCAGCGCUCGGACGGGCUCAAGUACGAGGGCGAGUGGGCCGGCAACCGGCGGCACGGCUACGGCUGCAUGACCUUCCCCGACGGCAGCAAAGAGGAGGGCAAGUACAAGCAGAACGUGCUGGUGAGCGGCAAGCGCAAGAACCUGCUGCCCCUGCGCGCCAGCAAGACCCGCGAGAAGGUGGACCGGGCCGUGGAGGCCGCCGAGCGCGCCGCCACCAUCGCCAGGCAGAAGGCCGAGAUCGCUGCUUCCAGGACCUCCCACUCGCGGGCCAAGGCCGAGGCAGCCCUCACUGCAGCCCACAAAGCCCAGGAGGAAGCCCGGAUCGCCAGGAUCACUGCCAAAGAGUUCUCCCCCUCCUUCCAGCACAGGGAAAAUGGGCUAGAGUACCAGCGGCCGAAGCAUCAGCUGUCCUGUGACGACAUCGAGGUGCUGUCAGCCGGGGCGCCGCUGCCACAGGAGAGCCCGGAGCUGUACCGCAAGGGCACCACCCCGUCUGACCUGACCCCCGAUGACAGUCCUCUGCAGAGCCUCCCCGCCAGCCCGGCCGCCACCCCGCCGCCCGCCCCCGCCUCCAGGAACAAGGUCGCCCACUUCUCUCGGCAGUUGUCUGUGGAUGAGGAGCGGGGCGGUGACAUCCAGAUGCUGCUGGAGGGCCGGGGAGGGGACACGGCCCGUGGGGGCACCCGGGGCGUGCGCAGCGGUGCGCUCCGCAGUGGCCAGCCCCCCGAGGACCUGCGCGCCCGAGGAUCGGGCCACAGGCAGCCCGGGAACAACCCCAAGCCCCGGGAGCGGCGGACGGAGUCUCCCCCGAUCACAUGGACUUCCCAUCACCACCGGGCUGGCACCCCUGGCUCUGGGGGCGGCAAGCUGGCAGAGCGGGACGAGGAGCAGCUGAGCAACUACAAGCUGGAGAUGAAGCCGCUGUUGAGGAUGCACGCCUACGCAGAGGCGCACCCCCAGAAGAGACGUGGGGGCCGGCCCGAGGACCGGGCCUUCGGGGUGCAGAGACUCAGGCCUGGGGCCUCCAACAAGGAGAACUUGAGGCCGGCCUCCUCGGCCGAGCCAGCCGUGCAGAAGCUGGAGAGCCUGCGGCUGGGGGACGGGGCUGAGCCCCGGCUGCUGCGCUGGGACCUCAGCUUCUCCCCACCCCAGAAGUCCCUGCCUGUGGCGCUGGAGUCUGACGAGGACACCGGGGACGAGUUGAAGCCCAGCACGGGAUCGGCGCCCGUCCUGGUGGCCAUGGUGAUCUUGCUCAACAUUGGAGUUGCCAUCCUGUUCAUCAACUUCUUCAUCUGA